AUGGCAUCACUUUACCAUAUCAGUACAGAAGUCAAAACUACAAUCCGAAAGUUUCGUACAGCUACCGCAAGAUCCGAUGUUCUUAAAGCCCUGGUCCUGAAGAUCGAACCUAAACCUUCGUACGAGAUCACUAUAGACGACGACGAAGAGCUGCAGGACGCAAGUAGUCUGGAAGAGCUGGGCGAAGAGCUUCCGGAUAACACCCCGCGUUAUGUGCUUCUGUGUUAUCCUAUGACCACUCCUGAUGGACGCAAGCAAACUCCGCUGGUGCUUUUGUACUGGAAACCGGCCACGGUGGUUUCGCAGGAAUGGAAAAUGCUUUACGCUGGAGCGCUCGAGCUGAUGAGAACCGAAUGUGGCGUGAGUAGAGUCAUCGAAGUCGCUACAUCGCUGGAGGAUGAAGAUGAAAUACAGGAGGUGAGGGAACAGAUAGAGUCAUGA